AUGGGAGAUUCUAAAGGGAUGUUUUGCAGGUUUUGCAUUAAUACUGCCAGCAAAGGAAAUUUUACAGUAAUAGACGAAUCCAUUAGAGAAAUUUUAAGGACUGUUUCACCAAAUCUAGACUUGGACGACAACAGUGAACAUGUCAUGUGUUCUACCUGUUCUGUUAAACUGUACUCUGCGUUUGACUUUAAAUCUACUUGUCUCUACGUUGAGGACAAGAUUGUCACUUAUGUUAAUCCUAAGGUGUCCUUCGUUGACUUGAGAGAAGUUUAUUCCAAGGAUCAUGAGCACAAACCAGUUAAAGUGGAAGAUAACGAGAAAAUAUGUCGAUUAUGUUUGCAGUUAGUUAGGGAAGGAUUUGUACCAUUUUAUAAAGUGAAGUUAGAAAUGAUUCACAGAUACAUCCCCGAGAUGAAUUUUGGUCUUACUGAAGAUCCCCUUGUUUGUAACCAAUGUCUUGAGUUACUCGUCACUCAUGAUACUUUUAUAAAGGCCUGUUUGAAUGUUGAAAUAAAAGUUCAAAAUGCUGGUGAACCUACAAUCACAGAGUUUAAGCAUAACAAUAUGUCUAUUAAAAACGAAACCAUUGAAACAGGUUUAGGAGAUGAAGAUAAGAUGGAAGGGUCAAUUAAAAUUGAACAAGAGCUAAAGAUGGAAGAAACACCGAUUGAAACUGAAGAAGUGAACAUAAAAAGUGAAAAUAUUUGUGAAAGUGAUUUGCCUUUUUACAACUUACGUAAUGAAACAGCUGACGACAAAAAGGAGCACAUUUAUGAAGAUGUAGGAGAAAUAAAGGAUGAAUCUAUGCUUAAAUGUGAAAUAGUAGUUGAUGCAAGUACUCUCGAAGAGGUGCCAUCAUGUAGUAGUGAAGUUCCAGGACUUAUAGAUUGUAAGAAACAUUCCACGUGCUAUCAGUUAAGCAAAGAACCUUCAGGAGCACGAAUGCACAAAUGCAAUGUGUGUGAUUAUGAAACUAAAUAUAAGAGUCAUCUAAAUGAACAUCAGUUAUCACACAAAGACCCUUCGGAAAUCCAAAUGUACAAAUGUGAUGCAUGUAGUUACGAAUCCAGACAUAAGGGACACCUAAAAGUGCAUCAGUUAAUACACAAAGAUCCAUCGGAAAUCCGAAUGUACAAGUGUUAUGCAUGUAGUUAUGAGACUAGAUACAAGCAUUCUCUAAAAUACCAUCUGUUAACACAUAAAGAUCCCUCGGAAAUCCACAUGUACAAAUGUGGUACUUGUACUUUUCAAACUAAAUAUAAGCACCGUCUGAAAUGUCAUCAGGUAACGCACAAAGACCGUUCUGAAAUCCAAAUGUACAAAUGUGAUACUUGUAGUUUUGAAACUAAGUACAAGGGACAAGUAAAAGUGCAUCAGUUAACACAUAAAAACUCUUCAGAGAUUCAAAUGUUCAAAUGUGAAGUUUGUACUUAUGAAACUAAAUAUAAGAGUCAUCUAAAAGAUCACCAGGUGACUCAUAAAGACCCUUCAGAAAUCUGCAUGUACAGGUGUGCUAUAUGUAGAUAUGAAACCAAAUACAAGAAGGGUCUCAGAAACCACCAAUUAUUGCAUGAGAAGCCUUGCACAGCAGAGAUAUCGGAAUGUGAUACAUCCAGUACUACUGUUGACAAACACUAUCUUGCAUGUCAUCUGCCAGUACAUAAAGGUUCUUCAAAUGUCCAGGUGUACAAAUGUAAUGAUUGUGUUUUUGAAACUAGGUAUAAAGACAGUUUAAGAGUUCACGUCCUGCUGAAACAUGAAGAUCCCUCAAAAAUGCCAAUGUACAAGUGUGAUAAAUGUGUUUUCCAGACGAGGCAUAAACACAGUUUAGUUAGACAUCAGCUGACACAUGACACGGUAGUAAUGUAAGUCUGUAAUCAAUUACAGACAAUUUAUUAACGAACAAGGGUAAUUGGUAAUUUAUUUUUCUUGUUGCCCAUAUCCAGAGGUAUUUAAUACUCAUAAUUUGCAUUUGAACUUAAGAAACUAAAUUUAAUGUUGAUACGUUAAUUCCAGUCUUCUAUCCGCAGAAUUUUUUGUAACAGGUGUCCUAAAAGUAAUGCAGUUGUACACCAUAUUCAUUCCAAAAAGUUGGCAGCAUUGUCCAGGGUCACAUAUUGUAGUAAACGCGUUGCGGUUAGACAAAAAGGAGCGCUAUACGAUGGAUGAGCGAGCAUACAUUGUGAAAAUUCAUUACAAGUACGGAGAGUGUGUAGUAGAGACUGUGCGAAAAUUACGUGGAACUUUUGGUAGAAGGAAUGCCCCGAAUGAAACAACUGAAAAGAUUUGUUGCCAAAGAACAAACAGGUCGUGUAAUGUAAACCCUUUGCCACCUUUUUGGAUUCUGAAUUCUAGAACAGUUUGGAGGGUAACUCAGUAUAUUGAACUUGCAUAAAGUGUCAUUUGUUCAAAGCUAAAAUAUAAAAUUCCUGUAUUGUAUCUGCGUAAAAAAAAUAUUUUCUUUGCAGCCCAAUUUGUAUUUUGU